UUGAGUCAUAAAUAUAUACACAAGAAGCUUAAGCCACACACAAAUCAAUCAGUUUGGUGGGGGUUGAGAGAUGAAAAUGAGUCUUCAGGAUCUUCACAUGUAGUGUACUCUUGCUCCUCCUCUUCUUAUAAAUCUUCCAAUUUCACUUCCCAUCUACAUAAAUUCACAGACAACUCACCCCUCUCUCUCUCUCUCUCUCUCUCUCUCUCUCUUACACACACAUUUGGUCAUGGAGCUUCUCAGUUUACUCUGUGCUUUCUCAGCCUUGUACUUCAUUUUUAUGAUGUGGAAACGCUUUGAUGAAAAAAGGGACCAAGAGUGCUACAUUUUGGACUAUCAGUGCUAUAAGCCCACAGAUGACAGAAAGCUAGACACACAGUUUUCAGGGGAGGUCAUCCGGAGGACCAAGAAUCUUGGUCUUCUAGAGUACCAGUUCCUCCUCAAAGCCAUUGUGAGCUCAGGCAUUGGUGAGCAAACCUAUGCUCCAAGAAUCAUUUUUUCAGGCAGAGAAUCUUGCCCCACAUUGGAAGAUGGCAUCUCAGAGAUGGAGGAGUUUUUCCAUGACAGCAUUCAGAAGCUUCUGGACAGAUCAGGCAUUUCCCCUUCACAACUUGAUGUGCUUGUUGUGAAUGUGUCCAUGUUUGCUUCUAUGCCUUCUUUAGCUUCCAGAAUUAUCAACCACUACAAGAUGAGGGAGGACAUAAAGGUCUUUAAUCUCACUGGGAUGGGUUGCUCUGCUAGCCUAAUCUCAACCGACAUUGUUAGGAACAUGUUCAAGUCCUACAAGAAUGUGUAUGCACUUGUGGUCACUUCUGAGUCUUUGAGCCCCAAUUGGUAUUCAGGUAAUGCCAGAUCCAUGAUUUUAGCAAAUUGUUUGUUUAGGUCUGGUGGUUGUGCAGUCCUUUUGACCAACAAAAGGGCCUUGAAAAACCAAGCCAUGUUCAAAUUGAAGUGUUUGGUUAGAACCCAUCAUGGGGCUAGAGAUGAGUCAUAUGGUUGUUGCAUCCAACAGGAAGAUGGGCAAGGGAUGCUUGGUUUUCACCUUGACAAGAUCUUACCCAAGGCUGCCACAAGAGCCUUUGUGGAUAAUCUUAGGGAAAUGUCACCCAAGAUUUUACCCAUUAGGGAGUUGGUUAGGUUUAUGCUUGUAACCCUAGUGAGAAAAUUGAAGUCACAAUCCUCCAAGGGAGGAGCAAGCACUUCACCAAAACCUGUCAUCAAUUUCAAGACUGGGGUUGAUCAUUUUUGCCUUCACACUGGUGGAAAGGCAGUCAUAGAUGGGAUUGGGUUGAACCUUGGGCUUAAUGAGUAUGAUCUUGAGCCUGCAAGGAUGACACUUCACAGAUUUGGCAACACAUCUGCAUGUAGCCUUUGGUAUGUCUUGGGUUACAUGGAAGCCAAGAAGAGGCUCAAGAAAGGGGACACAGUGUUGAUGAUAAGCUUUGGUGCUGGCUUUAAAUGCAACAGCUGUUUGCUAGAGGUGGUGAGAGAUUUGGGAGAUGAAAAUGUGUGGAAGGAGGACAUUGCUGUGUACCCACCAAAGUCAUUGACCAACCCUUUCUUGGAGAAAUAUGGUUGGAUCCAUCAAGAGGAUCUAAGCACAUUCAACCCUGAAAAUGUGGUCAUCUAAAGGCAUAUGGAGGAUGUACACAAGCAAUAUAUAAGACAACCGAGAAAGGGACAUUAGAAAAGUGUCAUUUCCAAAUAAAGUGUUUUUUUGGAAGCAAAUUUAGUGUUACUUUCAAAUAAU